AUGAUUUCAACGUUGGAGUUCUCAAUUUUAUAUUUUUUGUUGUUGCAGUUGAACAAAUCAGAAGUCUGGGCUGAAUGCGGCGAGGAAUGUCUGAUAAUUAGUGCACAAAACGGAUUCACGGAAAUUGUCAAAUUCUUCCUGUCUGUCGGAGAGAUCGAACCAGGACGCGCCAACAACGAGGCAUUGGUACUGGCCUGUGCAAAUGGACACGAAGACACUGUAGCGCUUCUGUUAUCCGAGACCACAAAAGGAGUCGACCCAUCAGCACAGAAGAACAGAGCCAUGCGAGGGGCGUGUGCGAAUGGCUACACAGAAAUCGUGCAGAUGCUAUUAAAGACGAG